AUGGAUAUCUCCAGCGGUGUCAUUGUUUGGUACGACUCUCUUGCCGCGAGCGCCUCCAGCCGUAGGCACAAGACCGAAGCAGAAGCCACACUGGAGGCGUUUGGCGAGUUUCUUAGUCAACAUAAUACAAUUGACGACCAAAUAUGGUGGAGUUUCACGCCGGCCUCAAACGGUUUACAACAACACAAUGCCGAUGACUGCGGGAUCUUCUGUCUUGUGUGGGCACUGACAAGAGUAAUCGGGGAGCCUACGCCUUCCAAUGAUUUCCAUGAUCACUUUUGGAGAUCACUCUUCCAAGCAUUAAUCGACCCAUGCAGCCAGCGAAUCUCUCUAACGGAGAACAUGGAAGAUGAUCUUACACCUGACUAUACCAGAGUAGCAUCAAUCUUGUCUCCCGACGCCUCGUUUAGCGACCUGUUGGCAGCGACAUUGCAGCAUACCGAAGCCAUUUCCGAGUAUCUGCAUAAACGAACGCAGCAACUAUCAUCACGUAUUGAAGAACUUCACGCCGAGAUCAAAAUUUUGCAGCAAGGGCUAAGGUUAGCGAGCGCUUGGGUAUCUAGAAAGGAAUCAAGAGUCACUGCUGACAUCUCUACUAUCGCCCGCCUUCAAGAGCAAGAAACUAUGUACCAGCAGAUGCUCAGCACGCUUGACGCCAAGCACGCCGAUGUUGGACGCGCGCGAGUGGAGGAUAGUAUUACUGACACUAUAGCAGAGAUAUGCAGCGGUAUGAAGAAAGUUCAGAAAGAACAGCGUCGGCUGGGAGAUGUGUUGGGUAAUUGGCAACGGGUGAAGAAGUAUUGUGAAGCGGAGGAGCACAGGUUGUGGGCAGAGAUUGAGCAGAAUCAGCAAGUGGGGAGGGCGCUGAAGGAGCAGGUGUUUGGCUAUUGCCAGCAGCAGAAAGAGAGGGUUGUAGGGCUAUUUACGAGUGUAAAUGAGCUUGGGAGCUAG